AUGCCGGAAAAAAGUGAUUUGCAGCAGCAGCAAUCGGCGGCGUCUGGAGCUAGUUCUGCACUUGGGCAGUCUACUCUGGAUUCUACCACACCGCUAAGCAAGAAGCAGAAGAAGAAGCUAAGGUUGACUGAAAAGUUGGCCACCAUGGAAAACAUCCAACGACUCGUCCGUCUCCGCGGCGCGGCCAAAGGUAAGCUCACUCGUAUCCUUAAUACUAUUCGCCCAAAUGAAGAGGAUGUGGUCCAGCUGACGGAAGCUGAGAUCAAAGUCUACAUGGCGAAGGUGGAAGCAGCCCAUAAGGACUACAACGAUGCUCACAACCAAAUCGUGAACGAGGUGUCGGAUGAUGACUACGAGCAGCAUGAGCAGCUGUACGAGGAGUUCGAUAUCCUUCACGACACCGUUUCCAUUCUGUUGGAGGAUCAACUCAACAAGGUCAGAGCCACCGCGGCGGCCGCAGCUGCUGCCACGAUUGCGGCGCAACAAGUUCAGCAAGCACCGGUUGUCAUCCAUCAACCACUUCGCAUGCCGGUUCCCACUUUCGACGGUCGGUAUGAGAGCUGGCCAAAGUUCAAGGCCAUGUUCAAGGAUCUCGUGGAUAAAGGUCCAGAUCCGCCGGCAGUCAAGCUGUAUCAUCUGGACAAGGCUUUGGUCGGUAGUGCAGCCGGUCUCAUCGAUGCCAAAACGAUCAACGAAGGCAACUACGCCCACGCGUGGCAAAUUCUGGAAGAGAGGUUCGAGAACAAACGUCACGCUAUCGACUCUCAUAUUCAUGGUCUUCUGAAUCUUAAGCGCAUGACGAAGAAGAGCCAUUUGGAGCUGCGGAGUCUGGUCGACGAGUGUAGCAAGCAUGUGGAAGGUCUCAAGUUCCUGGAGCGAGAUUUCGAUGGAGUAGGUGAGGAUUUCGUGAUUCAUCUACUGGCGGCAGCAUUGCACAACGACGUGCGCCAUAUGUGGGAGUCCACCAUUAAGCACGGUGAGCUUCCCGAUUACGACGAGAUGCUGACGUUCCUGAAGGAGCAGACCUUCAUCCUGGAGAGGGUUGAAGCCAGCAAUCAGAAGUCAUCAUCGGUUCCCAUUAAGUCCGUGUCUGCAUCCAACAAGCCGUCGGUGCAGAAAGCCCACGCAGUCGUUUCGUCAAGCGAGAAGGAAACAAAGUGUGAUUUUUGCGGAAAGGCACACGCCAAUCACCAGUGCGCUGAUUUCAAGGCUCUUCCUGUUCCGCAAAGAUUGGUCAAGGUGCGAGAGCGCAACGUGUGCUUUAAUUGCUUACGAAGAGGUCAUCGAAGCGCCGACUGUUCAUCGGACAAAUCCUGCCAGAAGUGUAAGCGUCGGCACCAUAGUCUCCUUCACGCCGAGGAGAAGCCCAAGCAAGAUGCAGAUCAACCAAGCAAGUUGGCCCCGCCGCCAGUUCCAGAGCAAGAAGGUUCACCAUCAUCAUUAACGUCGACGACAGCUACGUGUUCCAGCGUGGCCACCCACUCGCAGCAAGUGCUGCUGCUCACGGCGGUAGUGGACGUAAUGGACAAAAACUACCAGCCGCAUCCGUGCCGAGUAUUAUUGGACAGUGGGUCUCAAGUCAAUUUGGUGACGCAGUCCGUGGCAGAUAAGUUGGGCUUGAAGUUGAAUUCGUCGAACGUCACGAUGUUCGGGGUCAACAGUACGAAGACCCAAUCAUCCAACAGUGGCACGGUGCAUCUUUCGUCGAGGUACAGGGAUUUCCAUGCCAAGGUCAAGUGUCUGGUAACUGACAAGGUAACAUCAGAUCUGCCAUCAUCGGUUAUCAAUAUCAGCGCGUUGGAGCUUCCCGCUGGUGUUCAUCUAGCCGAUCCGAACUUUUUCCAUCCGAGCAAGGUGGAUAUGCUUUUGGGUAACGAAUGGUUCCUUAAGUUGUUGCUACCCGGAGAAAUUACUUUCGAUGACAAACUUCCUGUCCUUCGCGAGACCCAAUUUGGUUGGGUUGUUGGUGGAGUCUUCGAAGAAGGUGCGGUAUCUGAUGGAGCAGUUUAUUCGCACACAGUCACGAUGGACGAAUUAAGCCAGUCCAUUCAACGCUUCUGGGAAGUUGAAGAUGUCGCUGAUGUCGUCGAGCGUAGCAGCGAAGAAGAGGAGUGUGAGGAGCACUUCAAAGCGACUCAUCGUAGGGAUGCUUCCGGGCGGUACAUCGUCGAGCUGCCGCUGAAGGAGUCCGUGAGCGAAUUGGGAGAUUCCAGGCCGCUUGCAUUAAGAAGGUUUCACGCGCUGGAGCGAAAGCUUUCACAACAUCCGGAUCUGAAGAAGCAGUACCAGGAUUUCAUGGACGAGUACGAGAGUCUUGGGCACUGCAAAGAAGUGAACGUUAGUGAAGAUCCAUCAGGUAUCAUCAAGUGGUACUUACCUCAUCAUGCUGUGCUGCGGCCAUCGAAUACUACCACUAAGUGCCGUGUGGUGUUCGAUGCAUCGGCGAAGGUAUCUGGUCGCUCGCUCAACGAUGUAAUGAAGAUUGGCGCCAUCAUUCAAAGCGAUCUGCAGUCCAUCUCUCUUCGAUUCCGUCUCCCGCUCCACGUGUUGGCUACUGACGUGGCCAAAAUGUACAGACAAGUCUUCGUCGAUCGGCGGCAUACGCCGCUAACUCGUGUGUUCUGGAGGAAAACUCCUUCCGAACCGCUUCGUGUACUAGAGCUGACAACAGUCACCUACGGAACGGCUUCCGCCCCGUUUUUGGCAACGCGGGCACUCUUACAAUUGGCUAUCGACGAAGGCUUCAAGUAUCCUGUGGCUGCUGACACCGUGAAGAAUAGUUUCUACGUGGACAACCGUGUGGACAACGCAUUGUUUGGGUUUGACGACCUGAAUGAAGCAAGCGAGGCUCAAGUGCAGUUGAUUGGCCUGCUCAAGGCCGGUGGAUUCCAUCUGCAUAAGUGGGCUUCCAAUAAUCCUACGUUGCUGGAGCGGAUUCCGGAAAGCGAUCGGGACGAGCUGGUCAGCAUCGACGAAAGUGGUUCAAGUGAAGUGAUCAGAACGUUGGGACUAAUGUGGAACCCAACUUUGGACGCUCUGCAGUUCAUCUCCAUUCCAACAGUGUGUGAAAAUAGUGCAACAAAGCGGCAAGUGCUGUCGCUCAUAUCAAGAAUGUUCGACCCCUUGGGUCUUGUGGUGCCGGUCAUCGUUAUCGGUAAACUUUUGAUGAAGAGCAUUUGGAAAGAAGAGUUGGAAUGGGACGAAGAGCUCUCAGGAGAGCUGAAGAAAAAGUGUGUAGAGUUCCUGAAUGCGUUAAGAGGUGUUACCAGUCUUAGGAUUCCCCGUCACGUCGUGGUCACUGGAGCUGUUGCCUUCGAGUUGCACGGAUUUGGGGAUGCAACCUUGGAGGCCUACGGUGCCUGUGUGUACAUCAGGUCAAUCGCACCUGGUCAAGCUGCAGUAGUGUUGACCAUCCCGAGAAAGGAACUUUUAGCAGCGCUUUUGCUGCACCGAUUGGUGAAGAAAGUGCUGGCAGCAUUAGCGCUCCCCUUUCGUGACAUUUUGUUGUGGUCAGACAAUCAAGUGGUGCUAGCUUGGCUAGCGAAGAACCCGGAACAUUUGGAAGUGUUUGUGCGAAACCGGGUAAGUGAGAUUAACUCUACUGGAAAUCAAUUCAAGUGGAACUAUGUAAAUACGCUGGACAAUCCAGCCGAUGUAGUGUCACGUGGCCAGUCUGCCGACGCUCUUCAGAAGAACGAUCUUUGGUGGAAUGGUCCGUUGUUCCUGCGCAGUGAAGAAUAUCAGGUGGUGGUCCCUGAACCACUAUCCGAUGAAGAUGUUCCUGAUUUGCGGCAGGCCACUGUAGCUUCAGCGGUGGUGACAUUGGAGAAGCUGCCUGUGUUCCACAAGUACGAGUCCUUCAGAAAGCUGCAGCGAGUUCUGGCAUACGUUUUGCGUUUUUGCCGGAAUGCUAAGGAGAAGGCAGUCAACAAAAGAACCACCGAGCGUUUCCCCACCGUGUUGGAAAUGCGCCAAUCGUUGAAGGUCAUCGUCAGGGUAGUUCAAUCACUACACUUUGGUAAGAAGGUAGCCAUUAUGGAGUCCGGUGAGUACUGCAAAAGAUUAAAAGCAUUAAACCCUUUUUUGGAUGAUGGAGUGAUUCGUGUCGGUGGACGACUGCGACAUUCAAGUUUGUCGUACGGGGUGAAGCAUCAGUGGAUCUUACCUAAGAACGAUGAAACCGUCGAACGGUUGAUUCAAGCUGUACAUCGUGAGAAUCUGCACAUCGGACCGUCGGCGCUGCUGGCACAGCUCCGCCGGCAAUUCUGGAUCCUAGGAGCUCGUUCUGCUGUACGCAAGGUGACCCGAAAUUGCGUGCGGUGUUUCCGGCUCAACCCUCCGUGUGCUAAUCAGUUCAUGGGGGAUCUUCCCAUCGCAAGGUGCGACAAGGCUCCCGCUUUUGUGAAGGUUGGCGUUGACUUUGCGGGACCCAUGCUCAUCAAGCAACGAGGAAGAAAGGCGUCUCCCCUAAAGGGAUAUGUCAGCGUGUUCGUGUGUAUGGUCACCAAGGGCAUACAUCUGGAGGUAGUUGAGGAUCUCUCGGCCGACGCGUUUAUUGCCGCCCUUCAGCGGUUCGUCUCUCGCCGUGGUGUCCCUGAGCAGAUAUUCUCCGACAAUGGGACAAACUUUGUCGGUGCUCGCAACGAGCUGAACGAGCUCUAUCGGCUUUUUAAGCAGGAAGCUACCGAGCUCAAGAUUUUCGAGUUCUGCCAGGCCCGGCAGAUAGAAUGGAAGAUGAUUCCCCCGAACGCCCCACACAUGGGUGGGAUGUGGGAAGCAGGAGUGAAGAGUGUCAAGACCAUCCUGAAGAAGAAGUGCCAGUCAAGCCUCUUGACGAUGUCCGAGUUUUCGACUUUGCUCUGCCAGAUCGAAGCUCAGCUCAAUUCUCGGCCUUUGUACGCUCCGUCUGAGGACCCCUCGGAGCUCGAGCCGUUAACUCCUGGUCAUUUCAUGAUCGAUCGCCCUCUGACUGCCAUUCCGGAGCCCAGUUACGAUGGAAUCCCGGAAAAUCGGCUUUCCAGAUGGCAGUACGUCCAGCGCCUGCGUCAAGAGUUCUGGAAGCGCUGGUCCGAGGAGUACCUGCUGGAGUUACAGGUACGACAGAAGUGGAACAAGAAGAAGGAGAAUAUUCUACCUGGUACGGUGGUGGUUAUCAAGGAUGACAACUUACCGCCCCAACAAUGGAAGCUGGGUAAAAUCGAAGCAGCCUAUACUGGAGCAGAUGGAUUAGUCCGUGUGGUGGACGUUCGAACCAAGGCCGGUAUUCUGAAGCGUCCGAUCCACAAACUGGCCCCUCUACCAAUACUGGACAACCGUGUGGCCAACGAGAACAAGGGUCCCGCGGGGGAGGAUCCGCAGCCUGCUGAGGUGCGCGAUUCCAGCAGCACACAGCUGCGCGAAAAACAACAUGUGAUGCAAGCAACCGCAACCGCCCGAAAGGAUCACGCGAAGGAAGAGUGGGCGCAAAAGGAGGAAAAUUCCUAUCCUCAGGCAAAAUUUAUUGUUCGCCGUACGUUCGACGUGUUAAGACGUGUGUCGUCGCAGUAA